AUGGACACGGUGACCGAACACAAUAUGGCUAUCCAUAUGUCUCUACUGGGUGGACUGGGGGUUAUCCACAAGAAUUGCUCGCCAGAAGAUCAAGCUGAGAUGGUGCGCAAAGUUAAGCGGUAUGAAAAUGGAUUCAUUCUCAAUCCAGCUGUGUUGUCCCCCACUGCGACGGUCGAAGAUGCAAAGAAGUUGAAAUUCAAGUGGGGAUUUGGAGGAUUCCCUGUGAUGCCACCCCAACGACCUAGUGACAGCAAUCAUGUCAACAGAUUCAGCACUGCACCCGCAGGAACCACCCUCGCAGAAGCUAACAAUAUCCUGCGCAGAUCAAAGAAAGAAGAGCUUUCAAUAGUGGACAAAAACGGACACCUUAUCUCAUUGCUGUCCCGAAGCGACUUAAUGAAAAUCAUUCACUAUCCCCUAGCCUCAAAGCUAGAGUCCAGGCAACUCCUCUGCGCCGCAGCCGUGAGCACCCACGAAGCCGACAAGCAGCGCCUGCAACAUCUCAUCGACGCAGGGCUCGACAUCGUCGUCGUGGACAGCAGCCAAGGCAACAGCAUGUACCAGAUCGACAUGAUCAAAUACAUCAAGCAUCAGUUCCCACGGGUAGACGUGAUAGCGGGAAAUAUCGUGACGCGCGAGCAAGCCGCCGCACUGAUCGUGGCUGGCGCAGACGGACUGCGGAUCGGGAUGGGCAGCGGCAGCGCAUGCAUCACGCAAGAAGUGAUGGCAGUUGGGCGGCCGCAGGCUGCAGCCAUGCGAAGCAUGUGA